AUGGGUGAGUAUCCGACGCCUAUAGCUCAAAUCACUGACAAAGUCAAACUUUGGGAUGUGUCCGUAAUACCUGAUCGCAGACUUGAAGAUACUCCAAAGCCUGAAGAAUGGCCGGCCAUCGUCGAAAGCUUUCGUAAAGAUUUGGAUACUCACAUUAGGGCUUUAUGCAGUGACAUUCCUCUUGGAUAUGUUUUAGGUCAACCGAAGUUACUCCGCUAUGAUGCAGAUUCAUUCGAUCAAAGGCUUCAUGAAGAUGGGCCACAUCUGGAGAGAGUAUUUGUUAUUCUACAUCUUGAUCGAGCAAAAGGAACUGCAUUCCCGAAAUAUCCUCUUACCAGCCCGAAAAGUUAUGAUCUGAAUGACUACCGAGCUGUCAUCGUCGAAGCCGGACAGGCUGCAUUAUUCUGGGAGGGGCUCACUCGUUUUGGCUCAGCUAAUGAGAGGAUUGGUAGAGCAGCACUAAAGCCUCGAAUAUCAUUUUUGCAGCCUUCAUACCAACAAUUACUACUCCGUUAUGAGGAGAACGUAAUGUGGAUGCCUAACGUUGAUCGUUAUACACGGGUGCUGCAUCGAUUUGUUACUAUACAGUAUCAUCGAUUGACAAACUUAUGCAACGAAAAAGCACCGUCAGAAUCCAUCUUGUUGAUGACAUCGAUUAAUCAGGAAACACAAACCAUCAAUGAUUGUAAAAAAUCUGGAGACUGGAGUCAUUGGCAGCAAGGUAUUCAGGCAGAAUGGAAGAGUUUAUCAGACAGAAAAGCUUUGGUCAACUGCUAA